AUGAAUAGUACAACUAAUAGAGCGAUUACCAGGGCUAGGGCAUCCCCCAGAAGCGAUGAGACUGCGAUUUCCAGAGCUAGGGCAUCCCCCGUAAGCGAUGAACCUCAGGAUGGAGAAAAUACUAGGGCGUUCCCCAGAAGCGACGAAAAUGUCAUUAGAGCACCGCCACAAGCACCUAGAAUGCGAAUUUCAACAUGGAACGUGGGCUCAAUGACUGGACGCAGCACCGAAUUGGGCAAAGUACUACAACGUAGACGCAUUAAUAUUUGUUGUAUUCAAGAGACAAAGUGGAAGGGGUCUAAAUCACGGAACAUUGGCUGUGGCUACAAACUUAUAUAUCAUGGUACUAGAGCACAAAAUGGAGUUGGGAUUGUUGUGGAUAGGGAUCUCCAGGAAAGGGUGGUAGAAGUGGAAAGAGUCAGUGAAAGAUUGAUGUCUAUUAAAUUUGCUUUGGACAAUCAAUGCUGCAUGAAUGUCAUAAGUGCUUAUGCACCCCAAGCAGGUUGUACAAACGCUGAAAAAGACACAUUCUGGGAAGAGAUAAACGAUCUUUUAUGUGCCAUACCUUCCAAUGAAAACACGUAUGUCUGUGGGGAUCUGAACGGACAUGUAGGGCAGACCACAACAGUCUAUAACAGGAUACAUGGAAAUUAUGGCUAUGGAAAGGUUAAUACAGAAGGCGAAAAAAUUCUUGAGUUUGCAUCAGCACACAAUCUAGCGUUAAUUAAUACUUUUUUCACCAAGCAGCAGCAGCACCUUAUUACUUACAGAAGUGGAAAUGUGGCAUCGCAGAUUGACUUCAUAAUGACCAAUAGAGAAAAGUUGAAAACAUGUAGAGACUGCAAAGUCAUACCAGGAGAGCCUCUCACCGCCCAGCAUCGAAUCCUAGUGGCUGAAUUUAUCAUGUCAAGCCCAUUCAAGGCCAAAAAGGUUAGGACUCCAAAGAUACGCUGGCAGAAGCUUAAUAGUGAUGAGGGUAGGGAUUUUUCUCUAAAAAUGAACCACUACAUUCAAUCAAAGACACAGUAUGAAGAAGUCAAUACCAUCUGGAGCGAAGCACAAGAGUUCUGUCUUGAUACAGCAAGAAAGUGUCUGGGAGUUUCUAAAGGAGCUGUACAGAAUGACAAAGAUACCAGAUGGUGGAAUCCAGAGAUUGAUAUUAUUCUGAAAGAGAAAAAGCUUCUUUUUAAAAGGUGGCAAGGCAGCAAGACACAAGAAGAUAGAGAAAAAUUUAAGCUCGAGUAUAAACUGGCCAAGAAAGCUGCAAAAAGGGCUGUUGCACAGGCAAAGGCCGCUUCAGAGCAAGAUUUCUACACAAAGAUCGAGACCACCAAGGAUUCAAAAUUGAUAUUCAAGACUGCCAAGCAGAGGCACAACAACUGUCAAGACAUCAGAAUGGUCAAAUUUAUAAAGAAUGAGGAAGGUCAGCUUCUCACCAAAGAUGAGGACAUAAGGAAAAGGUGGAAAGAAUAUUAUGGUCAUCUCCUCAAUGAAGAAUUUCCAAUUGAGACACUGCAAUCUGAACUGCCGACAGUGGGGCCAAUUCCGUCCAUUUCAGAGGAGGAGGUAAGGGUAGCUCUCCAUGAAAUGGCCACAAACAAAGCUGUGGGGCCAGAUGAGAUCCCAGUGGAAGUGUGGAAAAUGCUGAAUGACACAGGGGUGAAAUUUAUUACUGGGGUGUUCAAUGCGGUGCUCAGUGAAGGAAUUCCAGAUGAAUGGAGGAGAAGCUACAUUAGCAGUGAAACUCAUCUCUCAUACAUUUAA